AUGAAUACUGAAAUAUCAAGAGCAGAACUAUUAUAAUGGGUUAAUGACACCUUGAAAUUGUCUCUAUAAAAGAUUGAAUAAUUGGGAACUGGGGCAGUCUAUUGUUAAUUAGUUGAUGCAGUUCAUCCUGGUAAAGGUAAGUAUUUUUAUAGUUAUCAAUCUUAGUUGCCUUAAAUAAGAUAAAUUGGAAAGCAAAACAAGAAUAUGAAUUUGUUAAUAAUUUCAAAGUUCUCUAAUAAGCUUUUUCUAAACUUGGAAUACAAAAACCAAUAGAAAUAGAAAAGCUAACGAAAUGCAAAUAUUAAGAUAAUCUGGAGUUUCUAUAAUGGUUAAAGAAAUAUAUGGAUUAACAUGUUGUACCUAAAGACUAUGAUCCUUAAUCCAAAAGAGGGAAUGCAGAAUUAGAUGAUUAACCAGCCAUUAUUCCAAAAAGAAAUCCAGAGAGAUCUAGAACCAGCAUAAGGAGAGACACUUUUAAUAGUCCUAAUCAGUUAUAAUCUUCGUCAAGUAUCCCAAAAACAAACUCUUUUGCUCAUAUGGAACCAUACUAAAAGAAACAACCUUCAAUGUAGGAUUUACUUAUACAAAUAGAAACACUAAAAUAAGAAAGAGAUUAUUAUUUCUAAAAAUUUAAAGACUUAGAUUUUUUUAUUGAAGGUGCUUCUUAAUUGACAUAAGAAUAAAUGUAUAAGGGAAUUAAAGAUAUCUUAUAUUACACUGCUGAUAAAUCAGUAAUAGUUUUACCUAAUGGUGAACUAGAAGUUUAAGGAUUACCUCCUUCAUCAGAAGAACAAUCCUCAUCAUAAGAUGUUAUGUAAUAAGAAAUAGAUUUGUGAA